AUGACAUCCGUCCAAAGCCAGGAAGAUCUUGAAGCACGGAUCGCACGCAUUAAGAAACGAAAUGAGGAAAUUGAGCAGAAGUACCGCGAGGCUGAAGAGGACCGGCUGCGAGCAAUGAAGGAAAAUGCGAUGGUGGAGAUAAAGCCACCCAAGGACGACGAUUGGCCUCGCGAGCAUAAGUAUGAUAAGAUCGAUUUUAACUACGAGCUUGACGAAAGCACGCUCGCACAGCUGGAAGAGAGAAAGAAGGAAAAGAAUGCCUUCAUUCAAAAGAUAGCAAAAGAGUAUAAAGGAUUUGCGGAAGGCGAAGGACCACCACCGGAUCCGGCAUACAGUUUUCUAGCCGAUGUAGAACGUGACGGUGAGAAAACGGGGCAAUCUAGUGAUGGUGGUAGUCCUAACGGCAAUGCAGCCAUAAUUACACCGAAUGGUAGAAGUCCACCCGGGAAGGGUGCUGAACACUUCGAUCGUCGCAAUCCUAACAAUCGAAGCGGACAUCGGCCAGGUGGUGUUUCGAGAGAUGCGAUAGGCUCACACUCUGGACAGAGAACGAGGGGUGGUGGUAAGCAGCAGCAUGGUCACCACGGUGGCCAUCAUCAACAUCAUGGCGGUGGGACUAACGUUCAGCGUUCGUUUUCCACCAAUGAGCACGAUGGAUGGCGAUCUGCAUCAGGGGAGCAACAGCGUCGAAGUGCCCGUGGUACGACACACGUAACACACGAAGGUGCCGCCCAUUGGAGGCGCGGAGAACAACACGAUGGGCAGGAGAGCCGCAGCAAGGACGAUAGUGGUUUGCAUACCUCAGCCAAAUUGGAACCGAAUUUGACGGUUUCGAUAUCGCGUGAUGGCGAGUUUAAGAGUGUGAAAGUUACAUCUCCUCCAAUUAUCGGGAGUGGCCGUGUUGGGCCUCGCCAAGCUGCGAAACCCCAAUUUCAGUUUCACACCGGUCAAGGAGAUCAUAACCAGCAGCCUCAUGGUCAACACCAUUUGCCGCUUACUAGUACCACCGGCCGCAAAGAGUCUCAUCCGGUUGAUCAUUUAAAUCGCAACACCGCCGGUCGUAAAUCGGAUCGUGGUGGAGAAAGUGCCAAAAAGUCCGGACAAACGAAUGGAAAAGGCAAUGGUUCACAGCCGAAGAGUAGCAGUGUGCAGGAUCGUUUAAAUCGAAACCGUACGGCGGGUGUAGUUGCCGCAGGUGGCGAUAAGAAUGAAAAUUUUAUUUCAACUACUAAAACUAAUGUGGCACAACCCGUGUCAGGUGCGGCUAAAGCAACGCUCAAGACCAUCUCGAAAAUCAUUGAAAAGAAUGCAGAAAUUGAUGAAAAGCUGGCGCGUGAUCUGGCACGAGAAAACGAAAAGUUAGCCACGAAAGUGAAGGAAUUACGCUUGCAGCAGGAACAGUAA